GCGGCUAGCGAGAGACUUUUAGCCUUGUUUACUCUCAGCUAGCGAUAUUAAAGUCAUUCGCUUUUGACAGCAGGUGGAGGAGACGCUCUAGAAUCAUUUAGAGAAAUCUGUCUUUAAAUGUAUUCGAAUGGCUGAAGCCUCGGAGACAGGCACAGAAACCCCUGAUUAUGCACCAGGGAGAGCCAGUCAGUCAUCUUCCAGGAGGGGUCAUCCACGGCCAGGACACAAUCGAAAACGGGGAGGUCAUGAUAGAGCGCACGCAAGGUCAGGGCACUCAAAUCUAGCAGGUCAUCCAGAGGAUCAAAAUGAAUUCUAUGACAAUGCAACUACUCACACAUCACACAACAGCUCAUCUACCAGAUGUGAGACCAGAGGUGGGAGGGGAAGAGGAAGAGGAGGGAGAGGAGGUAGGGGUAAUAAUGAGCGUUGGUCCCAGGGUCCAAGGUGGUCAAGGAGUGAAAGAGAUCAUGGUCUCACAAUGCAGGACAUCGGAUAUAACGUUGGCCAACAAUCCAACACCUCACCUGCCUGCAGAGCCACAGAUGGGGAGAAUCAACCAAAAAAACUUGGAGAAGCCUACGUGAGUGAGUUCCAACACAAACCCAGAGAAACUUGGCCAAGAAUGUCCAGGAGUCACAGAGAUGCAAGAAAGCCAUUAGCCAGGCACAAAGAGGCAAGCCAGGACCAUCCUGAUCAUACAGAUGUUGAUUAUUCAAUGAAUGUAGCACCAACUGAGCUAGAGAACGAACACAGGAAAAACAGAGGUUGGAGAGGAGGAGGACAGCAGGGUCACCCUAGAAAGAAGGGGCCUGCUCUACAUGCUGGCAGUGAAGGGAACUGGAGAGAGAGGGGAUCACCACACAUGGAUGAGGAGGAUGAGAAACGGAGACAAGAUAAAGCUAGAGGAAGUAAACAGGAGCCUAACUGGAGAGGUGCAAGUGGUCAAGACCAGUGGAGGAGACCCCAACUUCAAGAGCAAGGACAAAGGACAGGAGGACGUCCUGAGAGGAGGACUGGGCCAGUGAAACACGUUGAGCCCCUCAAGAACAAAGAGACCCAAACAGGUUGCCUCAUUGAGCAGCUGACAGAAGAGAAGUACGAGUGCAUGGUGUGUUGUGAAGUGAUCCGUGUCAUGGCGCCAGUUUGGAACUGUCAGAGCUGCUUCCAUGUCUUCCACCUGAACUGCAUCAAGAAGUGGGCUCGCUCCCCUGCCUCACAGGCUGACGAGACUGGUGAAGGCUGGCGUUGUCCUGCUUGCCAGCAUGUGGCAUUAAAGUUCCCAACCUCUUACGUCUGUUUCUGUGGGAAAGUGACCAAUCCGGAGUAUCAGCACCGGGAGAUUCCACACAGCUGUGGUGAAGUAUGUGGGAAGAAGAGGACUGGUGGUGACUGCAAUCACCGCUGCAACAUCUUAUGCCACCCAGGCCCUUGUCCUCAAUGUCCAGCAUUUACCAACAAGUCCUGCGUUUGUGGAAGAACCAGUAAGCUGGUACGCUGCAGUCAGACAGGAGCUCUACGUUGCGACCAGGAGUGUGGAGCUCGGUUAAACUGCAAAGAACACUGCUGUACACAGAUUUGUCACCAGGGCCUGUGUCAGCCAUGUCAGCUCCAUGUCCAGCAAACAUGUUACUGUGGAGUGGUGCAGAGGGAGGUGGCAUGUGGGACUGACCGGGACAGCUUUGACGGAUCUGGAUAUUUCUCCUGCCACAAGCCAUGUGGAAAGAUGCUGGAAUGUCAAGCCCACUGCUGCAAGCAAGUGUGCCACCCAGGCCGGUGCCAGCCAUGCCCUCGAUCACCCAUUCUGGUAGUUAGCUGUCCCUGUGGACAGACAGCCUUAGCUAAGCUGCUGGAGCUGGGCUAUCCUGAGAGACGGUUGUGCACUGACCCUAUUCCAUCCUGUGGAAUGAUCUGCAACAAGCCACUGCCUUGCGGUGACAUCGACACCGUUCAUGUGUGUGAUAAACUUUGCCAUGAGGACGCAUGUGGCCCAUGUACUCUCACCUCCACCAUUAAGUGCAGAUGUGGCAGCAAAACCAAGGAGGUUCCAUGUGCUAUGAUCCACAGUGAAGAUCAAUUGAUGUUUUCCUGCGAGAGACGUUGUAACAAGAAGCGCUCAUGUGGCAGGCACAAAUGUGGAGAGAUAUGCUGUGUGGACCCUGAGCAUAAAUGCACCAUUAUAUGUGGCUACAAGCUCAACUGUGGUCUUCACCGCUGUCAGGAGGUGUGUCACCGUGGAAACUGCCAACCUUGCUGGCAAACCAGUUUUGAUGAGCUGGCGUGCUAUUGUGGUGAAACUGUCAUGUUCCCACCUAUCCCCUGUGGCACCAAACCCCCCGAGUGCAAAAACCCCUGCACUCGCCAGCAUGACUGUGAUCACCCAGUUUUACACGCGUGUCAUAGCGAGGAGAGAUGUCCUCCCUGUACCUACCUCACCAAGAAGUGGUGCAUGGGCAACCAUGAGCAAAGAAGCAAUAUCCCAUGCCACCUACAGGAUAUCUCGUGUGGUUUGGCCUGUAAUAAACCGUUGUCCUGUGGCUCCCAUCGCUGCAAAAGAAUAUGCCAUCGUGGGGAGUGCCAAGCAGAAAGUGAUUGUAAGCAGCCUUGCCCUCAUCCCAGACCUGAGUGUGGGCACCCCUGUAAUGCUCCAUGCCACCCUGGCACCACCUGCCCACCCACCACCUGUACUGCCAAGGUGGCAAUGCAGUGCGAUUGUGGACGCAGGAGGGAGACUGUACAAUGUACAGAAGCAACCAGCUCCUCCCAGAGAUUUGCAGCUAUUGCUAUGGCAAGUAAGUUGUCGGAUAUGCAGUUAGGAGAGUCUGUCAACAUUGCUCAGUUCACCAAGAAGGACCAGAAACAGGCCAGGCUGGAAUGUGAUCAAGAGUGUGCUACACUGGAGAGAAAUCGGCGACUUGCGGAGGCACUGCAGGUUGAUCCGACAGUCGAUCCAUUCAGUUCCAAAUCCUCCACGUGUAAAUACAGCGACACUCUCAAAGAGGAUGCCAGAAAGGACUUCAAGUUUGUUAGUGAGGUAGAGGAGGAAAUCAAGAAUCUGGUAGAACUAGCAAACAAGGGUAAACAUCCAAAGAAGAGUCACUGUUUCCCACCCAUGAAACGCGACCAGCGGAGAAUUGUUCAUGAGCUGGCCGAGGUGUACGGCGUAGAAAGCAUCAGCUACGAUAAUGAACCCAAACGGAAUGUAGUCGUCACAGCCGUCAGGGGGAAAUGUGCGUGCCCGACCUCCACUCUGACUGCACUGAUCGAGAGAGAGACUGCUGCCCGGGCUCCACCACCCAUUGCCCAUAUUAAACAAUACAGCAGCAAGGUUGAUGGCAUCAAUGCUUGGGGGAGGCAUGCUAAAGAAGAGCCUAUUGAUUACUUUGACGUUCAGGAUUGAUUAAAACUGAUGUUUUCACAGUAACGGUCACUGUUCACGCCACUGUAAUCACAACAAAUAAAACUGGGCACUUGUGGA